UCGUCUCGUUUUUGCUAAUUCUUUUUUUUUGUUUCCUUUAUUGUUUUCCUUUUCUUCUCUUGGUCGCGGCGAUGUUAUGGCUGCUUCUGACUAGAUUCCUUCUCAUCAGCUGCCUCGUCGCCUGGUGGGUUACAAGACCCGCCAGCUCGCUCUUGAUUUUGCUUCGUUGCAUCUUGACCAUCGUCACCUUCUGGGUCAUAUCUCCUCUCUACGCCAACAUAAUUUUUGUCCGGUCCCUGCACUAUUCCCGCGAGCUCUUCUGGUAUCUUCGUCUCGAUACGUUCCUGCUAGGCCAUGCCAAUAUGAUUGUCACUCUGGCGGCAGUCUUUUGGCUGCUCAAUCGUACCUGGCAAACGCUAUGGAAGCCCACCCCCGAACUCAUCAGUAUCCUGGGCGUCGAUGUCCCCGAACCUCCCGAUGUCUCCCUCGCCGGUAUCCGUGUCGACGCCGCCACUCUCAACUGGACCCGACCGCCCAGCAACCGCCCCGUUCAGAAGUACCUGAUACAAGUCAACGGUGUCAAUGUUGGCGAGUCGAGGCCUGAAGAGACGGCCAUCACAGUGACAGGACUUCGACCAAACCAUUGUUACAAUGUACGAGUAAUUGCCGUCGGACCCAACAAUUUCCAAACGGGGAGUCAGAUCAUCCGCCUACGCACCUACAAACGAGACGGCCGCCCGGAUCUCGGGAACUCUCGGAUCCCCGACAGCUUCCACGACCAGGAGCCGAAAAAUGCCCAAUCGCUGUCCACCGGAGCCGCCGGCAACAAGGCCCAGGUGCCUUCCAUCGAAGCAGCCCCAUCUCUUGAAGGCGGUCCCGCGGCUCCCCGCGAAGGCUCGUCGAGUGCACCUGGCCAGCGGCGCAAUACGCUGAAUCGCCGUCAUUCCCCGUCCGUGGCCAGUCAGGACCAGCCGGCCAUCAAGCUGCCUUACGAUAGCGACCGUCGGGAACCGUCACUCAAAGAGCUUGCCGACGCCUUGGAGAAGACGAGGAACGAGAUCGAAGACAUCCUGGCUCAAUACGGCCAGGAGGAAACCGAUUUCAGAAUACUCGAAGACACCCUCAAAAAGGAGAAGGAGAAAAAGAAGCAACUCCAUAAGGAGAAAGACGAUCACACGGCACAACUGAAACAGAGGGUUAAGGCGACCUAUGAGCAGAUGCGCCAGACGAACAAGGACAAGGCAAGGAAGGAGAACUUGCUGAAAGAGAAGCAGGACAAGAGGAGAAAGGUGCAAGACUCUGUGGAGAAAUGCAACGAGGACGUAUCGAAGAUGAAAAAAUCCCGAGAAGGCUUCGCAACCGAGGAGGACAGCAUCCAGCAGGAUCGCGACCUCAAACUCAAACACCUGGAAGAGGAAAUCGCGGCGCUGAAGGAAGAACAUGCCCAGCUCGAAUCCGAAUAUAAGGAGAAGAAGGAGCAGCUGAAAGAUCUCGAGACUGAGCGGAAGAAGCUCCCCGGCGGCGACGAGGACGAGAGAUGGAAGGAGGACGACCGGAAAGCCAGGAGGGAGUUCGAUUUUAGGAAAAGGGACCUCCAAAGUCAGCUCAUAAUGGAGAGCAGGCGGGCCCAGCAGAUUGAGAACCACAUGCAUGUCCUCCAAACCCAGAUCUACGCACAGCAGCAAGCCAGCGCCCAGGUCUACAGCCAGGCGAAUGCGUCGGGCGUCGACUUCGACCAGCCCGUGUCGGCGCAGGUCAAGCGGAGAAGUCGUGCCAGUAACACGUCGCUGCCGAAUCCCGUUGUCGCGGCCGGCCCCCCGACACAGUUUGUUUCCCCUCCCGACACCAUGUACGGGCCGACGACGGUGGCCGGGUUGGGUGGGCGGUCCAGCUUUGCCCCCGGGCCUUUUAUGGACAUGUCCUCGGCGGAUCUUGGCGGCGCAGAACGACAUGGCAGCGAUGUCGAGCUGAGGGUCCCGACUGGUGGUGCGCCUUUGAGUCCGACGGCGACGGCUCUCCUGCCGUCGGGCAUCCUGGGCGACGACGACCCCCCAAGCCCGCCUUCGGAGUCUCGGAGGAGCCCGGUCGGCUGGGACCACGAGAACGACCCCAAGUCGCCCACGUCGUCGGGUCGGAUGAGCAGACUCUCUAGUCCCCACGCCUCGACGCAUCACCUGCCUUUCGACAUGCACCGUGUGGACAGCAGCGAGCGCAGGUCCCUGAACGAUGUGACGGGGUCACCCGGCGCCGGCGGCCAUGCACCGGCGUCCGGUCACCACCGGUUCACCAAUCUGCUCGCGACGUUCAACCGCAGUAGGGGUGUUAGGGACCUCGACGACGGCGGACCCGUUCUGGGCACUUUGAAGGCAGGCCAGAGCCAGUCGUUUCCCAGGCAGGGCGAGGAAGGCGACACGGUCAACAAGCGUAGGAUAGCUUUCGCAACGAACUGGUUUCUUAACCGAAAUAUUCCUGAUUCUAACCCUACCUCUGCCCCUGGCCCUGGCUCUGGCCUUCCGUCUGCUCCCGGCCCCACCCUGGGCGAGAGCGAAGGGAACAUGCCGCCGCCCUCCAGGUUUUCAGCUCGGCGGCUGAACCCUUUCGCGAGCUCGUCUGGCGUAUUCCCGGACCGCGUGCCGACUAGCCCGAGGCCCGCGUCGAUAGCGUCGGCCGAGUUCCCGCGACCUUCUACCGACAGUGGAUCUAUCUGGGGGGCGCCGGGCGAUGGCGGCGGCAUGGCGAACUUCAGCAGCAGGCGCAUUUGGCUGCCAGAGACGGCACCGUGGUCGUCGCGAAAUCCGUCCCGGCGGCCUUCGCUCCAUGGAUCGCCUUCUGCUUUAAAGACGACGCUUGCCUCGGCAGAUGACGAGAUCUUGGAUGAAGAGGCUCUGCUCGAUCCUCACGUGUCCCCGAGCCAGGUCGGCGUGAUUGGUAGGCCGCUCCCGGCUUCCAGGUUGCUGGAGCAGCGCCUCAACCCGGCGGCCCCAACUUUUAUGGCGGGUUUCUUCCGGCCUAAGGACAAGGAAUCAGACGCCGGCAAGGACAAAGGGAAAGGCAAGGAGAAAGAAAAAGGCAGAGACAAGGCCAAGGACAGGGACAAGAAAGCCGGGUCCCUGACGCCGAGCAUGGAGGCCUUUCCGGGCAUGGACGAAUCGCCUACGGAGUCGCGGAUUUCCCGUGACACGUUCUCGGUUCAUACGCAGACCUCGGUGUCGGAAUCACGCGAGUCCCUCACGCUCUCUCUGGAACCGACCUUCUCCAACACACCGUCGGACAAUCCGAGCACGGGCGCCUCGGCCAGCUUGAAGGAGCAGGAAAGCGCGAUGCGGAAGCUCUUCCGCAAGGGCAGCGCAAGCAAGUUCAGCAUCUCUUCGCGGCUGGGUAAGGACUCGGGCCUCUUCAAGAAAGGGCCCGGCAGCGCGACGCACUCGGACAAGAAUUAUCCUUACUCGGCGGAACGAUCCAGCAUUGGCGACGUGGACGACCUGUGCGAGGCGGACUUGAACCAGCUGGGGCGCAGCUAUGACAGCGUGACCAGCAGCCCGUCGUUUGGGCCGAUUAAAUCCCGGGACGCGAGCCAGGGCGGUGGUCGCAUGAGCAUGAGCGGUUGGAGUAGCCGGUUCUCGAUGAAGAAGAAGGGCCGGGAGAACAAGGAGAGCCUCGAGAUGGACCGCCCCUCGGAGACGGAGGGCGAGUAAAAAGAACCAAGGUAGAGCUGCCUUAUCUUUCGAGGUACAAAGGCGCAUAUACAUACACAUGGAAAAGCGUGAUGGACGCCCCGUCCUCCGUCGUAAGGAUGUAUGCAAAGAGGAGAGGAGUGUCGUGAGAAUGGCGGAUGCCCGUAGGGUAUAGGUAUACAAUUAUAAGCAGGCAAUGCUAUCAAGCUAUUCACCUAUUCACACAUAACCAUUGGUCUCUUCUCUCCGUCAGUCCAAGGCCAACAAUGUACUUAGUGCAGUCGUCAAGUCAUUGAGCUUUUUCGUACUUUGCAUGCGGACAAAGUCUUGACACCAUGGAUGAAGCGAUGAGAGAUCCUUGGCAGACAAGGGCCCCCCCCUUUUUUUUUUGUAAUUUUUCAAUUUUCAUAUUAGAUAUUAGCUAAGCAAUAAUAUUUCAACGU